AACGCGUACUGAUUAUUAGGUCGCUUUAAAACGAAUGAUAGUUAAUAAAAGUGUAACCGGAUAGACCAAAUUCAUUGAUAAUUUCUGUGUUUCAUGGCCUUUUAGUUGGCAUUAGGAAUUUUCAAAUUAAUCUCAAGUCUCAUUCUUCAAAACGUACUUUUAAUGCUGACAAAGUAAAGACAUACACAAAAGGACUGGUUAUAGGUACCAUUAAUAUCGGAGACCAAAAAGUCGCAUCAAUGACCGGUGAAAAAUUAUCCAGUGUGAUAAAAUGAGAAUCCACCUUCUGGUUUAUAUAAUUGUUUCUGUAACAGAAUAUAAGGUGUUAUGCCAGUCUAGUGGAUUUAAUGAGUGGAGUGGAUUUGGUGCAUGCUCACGAACUUGUGGAGGAGGAAUACAGUCCAGACAUAGAUCUUGUAUAGAUACAAGAAGAAUUGAAUUUUGCCAAGGGAAGAAAACAGAAUAUAGGACAUGUAAUACAAAGGAUUGUCCCAAAGGGUCAGGAGAUUUCAGAGCAGCCCAGUGCUCGGAGUAUAAUGCCAUACCUUUAGAUGGAAAGUCUUACAAAUGGCUGCCAUAUUAUGGAGGCGAUGAAUCUACUCAGUGCCAGUUGUAUUGUACAGCAGAACAAGAAUAUUUCUUUCACAAAUUGUCUGACAAGGUGAUAGAUGGAACACCUUGUAAUCAGGAGACCAAGAAUGUGUGUGUCAAUGGGAAGUGUAGGGGUGUUGGAUGUGACAGGGUACUAGAUUCUACAAAAGAAGAAGAUAAAUGUGGUAAAUGUGAUGGCAGAAAUCAUAACUGUAAAACAGUCACUGGAUCAUUGGGACGCAAAGGUCAAGAUAGAGUUCUGAGAAUUCCGUCCAAUGCAAGAUCAAUCAAAAUUACCUCACAAAAACCUGGACAAUCGUAUUUAGCUAUUCAGAAGGGUACAGAAUCUCUAACAUUAGUUGGUAACAUAGGACAGAAUGGUAAAGUGAUGUUGGUUUUACAAGGUCUAACAUUGGAGUAUCAUGUGACCAGUGAAGGGAGGGGUACACAGAAACUUACAGCCAAAGGACCUACUAAUGAGACUGUUAUUGUCACCGUCAUGAAGCCAAAGAGAGAGCAUGUAAUAUACCAUUAUCAGUAUUCUAUAGCAACUAACAAUGAAGUGAAAUCUCGAAGGGAUGAAAUACCUAGACCAUCAGCUUUUUCUGGACAAAGAGAUCCGAGGGUUGAUACAUCUAGACCAUCAGCUUUGUCUAGACAAAGAGAUGACAGUGGUAGAUAUGUAUGGUUAACAGGACACUGGACUGUGUGUGAUAAAGACUGUGGAGAGGGCGUUCAGAGAAGAGCAGUAUCAUGUAUGGACACUAAGAAUCCCAAGGUAGUGAGACAAGUCUACUGUAAUGGUAUAAAUCCUCCACCAAGUCAACAGAAAUGUAUGGGCAAAAUUUGUAAUGAUUCUGCUACCAUUAAUGUACAAUGGGAGAGUGGUGAAUGGGGAGCCUGUUCAUCAUCAUGUGGUCUAGGAGAGCAGUCUAAACCAGUAUUUUGUAAAGCUCAAAGAUCAGAUGGCUUUAACUUUGUUACUAAUGAGGCCAAAUGUCUGGAGGCUUAUCCAAUCAAACCAGUCUAUAUGAGAUCCUGUAAUGACCAUGUCAAAUGUCCAGAAUGGCAAACCACAGCUUGGUCUAAGUGUAGUAAAAAAUGUGGAAUUGGAGAACAGACAAGAAGAGUGUACUGUAGAGGUGCAGACCCAUCUGGUGGUAGAAACAUAUUGUCAUCUUCAGCAUGUUCCCCAUUAGAUAGACCGCUGGAAAGAAAAAGUUGCUUUGACAGUAUAAGAUGUCAAGAAGGCGAAGUUGGUGAACUAGAGAUAGCUAGAAUUGAAAUAAAGCGUGGACAGCCUAGAUGUAGAAAUAGUUUGUACGGUUGUUGCCGUGAUGGACACACUUCUGCUAUAGGUUAUAAUUAUAGAGGAUGUCAUGAAGUUACUUCAGAGAACUGCUUAAAACUUCCUGAAGUUGGACCUUGUAGCAACUAUACAGUAAGAUGGUAUUUCAACCAAACAGAAAGAGACUGUCGGAUGUUUUGGUUCGGUGGAUGUGAUGCAGGGCAAAAUAAUUUUUUAACACAAGAUGUUUGUAAAAAUGCUUGCAGUCAAACAAAAACAGUUAAUACAGUAGUUAUAGAUACGGCUCGAUGUCGCCAAAAACAAGACAGGGGCCAAUGUACCAAAUAUAAAGUUCAGUGGUAUUAUAAUUACAAUGACAAACUAUGUCAGAGAUUUUGGUAUGGUGGUUGUCGUGGCAACACCAACCGUUUUGAAUCUGAAGAGGCAUGUAAGGCCGCUUGUACCUCUAAAGUUAUAGACACAGGUACAAAUGGUCAUACAGGUACUGACCAUGGAACAAAUGGUCAUACAGGUACUGACCAUGGAACAAAUGGUAAUGGACACAGUGGUACUGAUCACGGAACAGAUCACGGAACAGAUCAUGGGACAGAUCACGGUACUAAUGGUGGCACUAAUGGGGGAAUAGAUAACUCAGGGAAUACAGAUAUCUGUCGUUUACAUAGUGAAUUGGGUAAAUGUAGAGGAUAUAUAGUGAAAUAUUACCACAACUCUACCACUGGUCAAUGUACAAGGUUUUGGUAUGGAGGUUGUGAGGGUAAUGCUAAUAGAUUUGAUACCAAAGAGGAUUGUGAAGCCAGAUGUACCAUCACAGUGACCACAAUUGCACCUCUGCCCACAACUAAACCAGGACAAUGUCCUAAACUUUCUAUAAGUAACAUAGGAUCGUGUGUUCAGGCCUGUCGUAGAGAUGUAGACUGUGAUGGCAACCAAAAAUGUUGUUCAAACGGAUGUGGCACAACCUGCCAAGAUCCUGAAGACAGUUAUUUAUUGACACCUCCAGUAAACAUCCGGGCUGACAUUGUCAGAGAUAAUACAGCUUUUGUAACAUGGAGAGAUAUAGAUGCCGCUGAUGCCACUGAGCGUAGAUUAUAUUCUGUUAGAUAUAGGCAACUUGUGGCUGGUUCAGAAAAUCAAUAUACCACUGUCAAUACUACAGCUCAACAAGUGUAUAUCACAGGGUUAUCAACAGGACAACAAUAUGAAUUUAGUGUCAAGGUCAUCCAGGGUACAAAGUUCAGCUUAUGGAGUAUGUCAGCUUACAACACUACAAGAGCUGUCAGUAGAGGAUACAAAGCUGGAGAAUGUCCACCAUUGACUGCAGGAGCUGGAGGAAUAUGUGUUGAAGGAUGUGCAUCAGAUUAUGAUUGUACCGGGACACAGAAAUGUUGUUCCAACGGUUGUGGUCAUACCUGUCGGGAGCCUAAUAUAGUUGAAGUAGCCCCAGAAACUACUGAUCCUCCACAGACAUCAUCAGCUCAGUUCUGUAGCUUGGAUGCAGAAAGAGGUUCCUGUACAGAUUACAAAAUAAAAUGGUCAUAUUCUGGAAGCGAUGGAAAGUGUAAAAGAUUCUGGUAUGGGGGUUGUGACGGAAAUCGUAAUAAUUUUGAGACUGAGGAGGAGUGUGAUGCAGCAUGUCGUAGGAGUGUUACAGUUCAAGAUAUUUGCCAGCUAGCUCAGGCUCAUGGACCAUGUAAAGCAGCACAUAGAAGAUGGCACUUUGACCAGACAACCAAAGAUUGCACAGAAUUUCUUUAUGGUGGUUGUCGUGGUAAUGAGAAUAGAUUCAGGACACGUGCAGAAUGUCUUAUUAGAUGUGGUAGUGAUGAAACAAAACUGAAAGUACACGCUCUCCAUGCUAUGGAUAAAACUUAUAAUAAAAUAACUUUGAAAUGGGAUCCUCCAAUGAUGAAAGACGAUAUCAGACAAUAUAGGCUGUCGUAUAUGGGAGAGCGUUCCUAUAGAGACCAAGUUCAGCGGGACAGUGUGAGUGUGAUAGAUAUCCCUGGCAGUGUCUCCUCCUACAGUAUCAAUGGAUUAAAACCUUCAACACAAUACAGAUUUAACUUGACAGCUAUCCUAGGAGAUGGUAGAAGGGGACCAACAGAACAAGUUGUAGCUGAUACUAUGUUAGCUCCUGAGUACAAGGGUGGUGAAUGUCCUCGUGUAGAAUUGACGUCUAACAUCAAUCCAGAUUGUGCUAGGCUAUGUCAGGCAGAUUACGACUGUUCUGGAGAUUUAAAGUGUUGUCGUGAUGUCUGUGGAAUGUCUUGUCAAACACCCAGACCUGUAGAAACUGUGAAGUUAUGUUUCGAGUCUAUGUGGGGUUGUUGUUUGGAUGGUGUGUCAAUAGCACAAGGACCAAAUUAUAAAGGAUGUCCCGACGCUUGUCAGGGUACAGAAUAUGGAUGUUGUGAUGAUGGUUUCACUCAAGCUACAGGACCAAACAAGGAUGGUUGUGAAGAAGGGUCAGGUGAUGAGGAUAACUUCUGUGAACAGUCUGUCUAUCAAUGUUGUGCUGACGGCAUUACACCUGCACAGGGACCUAACAAGGAAGGCUGUCAAGAGUAUGUUAUUGUAACAAAGAAACCAGACCUUGGCCCGGUUUGUCAACAACCUGAAAAGAGAGGAAGCUGUUCUGAUUACACUGUGAAGUAUUUCUUUAAUACAACUUCAAGCAAAUGUGAGAGAUUCUGGUAUGGUGGCUGCCAAGGAAAUCAAAAUAAUUUUGACAGCGAUGAAGAAUGCCAAGCAGAAUGUGUUAAAAAGGUUGUAGUAGAGACAUUACCAGUAUGUCAGCAGCCAAAGCAGACAGGCAGAUGUCGUGGAUACUUCAAGAAUUAUUUUUACAACAAAGAUACCCGACAAUGUGAACAGUUCAUAUAUGGUGGUUGUGAUGGUAACGACAAUAACUUUGAAACACAAGUGGAAUGUGAAGGACGAUGUGUGACAGGUGGAACAAUUACAAAUGACAGAUGUAAGCUACCAUAUGAUGUAGGACCAUGUAAGGGUAACAUUCCAAGGUGGUAUCAUGAUGUUAGACGAGGAGAAUGUCUGGAAUUUGGAUGGGGAGGCUGUGAAGGAAAUCUAAAUAACUUCAUUGAUAAAGAGGCGUGUGUGGAUGGGUGCCUCAGCGUUGUUAUCCCUAGUACAACAGAUGUUUGUGCACUGCCAAGAGAAACUGGUCGUUGCCGAGCCUCAAUACCUCGCUGGUUUUAUGAUCAUACUGCUGGUCAAUGUAGCCAGUUUACAUAUGGAGGAUGCGAAGGAAAUCAAAAUAACUACGAAACUCAACAAGAAUGUGAAUCCAUGUGUAGCAGGCAACGAGUAUGUCAGCCCUAUGAAGAACCUUUGAUAUCAUGUCUAGCUUACAUCAAGAGAUAUAGAUAUUCUGCUGAGACUAGAGACUGUGAACAGUUUAUUUAUGGGGGUUGCCAAGGGAACUCAAACAACUUUGAAACAUUGGAAGCCUGCAGGGGAAAAUGUGUUCCUGGAACAACAGAUCCCAAAGUUUAUGAUAAUAUAUGUGCCUUAAAACCUGAGGCAGGUAGAUGUACAGGACAAGAUAUUAAAUGGUUUUACAACAGUACAACAGUAAGAUGUGAGAGGUUUUACUAUGGAGGUUGUGAUGGUAACCCUAACAGAUUUGAUUCUGAGGAGGAGUGUGAUAGUUUCUGUAAUAAUGAAGGAUCAGGGGAAGUAACUGUUGUAGAUCCUGAUGUAACUGUUGAUAGUUCAUAUUGUCAUUUACCAAAAGAGAGUGGAGAUUGUGAGAAUUCUUUCCCAGCCUGGUAUUAUGAUCAUUUAGAUGGUGUAUGUAAAGAAUUUGUUUUUGGAGGAUGUGGGGGAAACAAAAAUCGUUUUACAAGUAGAGACGUGUGUGAAUCAUCUUGUAGUAGAGAAGCUGUAUGUAGACUACCUCCAGUAACAGGUAGAUGCAGGGCCAGUUACCCACGGUAUUAUUACGAUCUAAGAACUGGACGGUGUACAGAGUUUAUCUACGGUGGUUGUGAAGGGAAUGCUAAUAGUUUCCAGACCAGAGAGUCAUGUGGAAGGAAAUGUGGAGAUGCUUUAACUCCCGAUGUUACAAUCCAGCCACCUGUUGUAACGGAACAGUGUAAACAGCAAAAGGAUUAUGGGACUUGCAGUGGUGGACAGGAAGUCAUGUACUAUUUCGACAAUACAAUCAACGAUUGUCGUCCUUUCUGGUAUUCUGGCUGUGGAGGAAAUGAGAAUAGAUUCCAGAAUUCUACACGUUGUAGGAGAGUUUGUAGAGAUGACUAUACAAAUGAAGUAAUUCCUGUGACACCAGCACCAAGACCAACAACAACAACUCCUGUACCAACCAUAGAUACUAAUGUUGUUAUAACAGGUGAUGAAUGUGAAGAUGAUAGUGAGAGAGGUACUUGUACUAACUAUACUGUGAGAUGGUACUACAACAGGGGAGAUAAGCGUUGUACACGAUUCUGGUAUGGAGGCUGUGGGGGAAAUGGCAACCGAUUUGUUACUGAGGCAGAUUGUGAAAAAAGGUGUAUCAACAAAGGAAUAUAUCCUACAGCCCGUCCUACUUUGAGACCUCGUACAACCUCCAGACCGCGUCCCCAGAGGCCAUGUGACAACUCACCAUGGGGAUGUUGUCCUGAUGGAAUCACUGAAGCUCACGACUUUUACUUCAGUAACUGCAGAGUAUAUACUGGAACUGAAUUAGGAAAUUUAGUUGAUGGAAACUCAACAGUUAUUGUGGAAAGACCAGAUAGGAAUCUGUUUAUAGAAUGUGGAGGACCUCAGGGAACUGUUUCUUGGUACAAGAAUGGAAUAUUGAUAACAUCAGAUCGUAGAUACACAGUGUAUGAGAAUGGAUCUAUAUUAAUCACAACACUGACUAAAGAUGAUUCAGCUAUGUAUGCCUGUAGAGUUGAUGAUGGAAUUCAUAAGGCUAUUGUCAGAAGGUUUAGAGUCCAGAUAGAAGUCCCCAUCACAAUCUUCCCAACACCAGGAACUAUUGUUGUCAGACCUGGAGAUAAUGCCUUCCUUCACUGCCAAGCCUAUGGAAGUCCACAGCCUACUGUAACAUGGACUAAGUCAGGACAACCUGUCACUAACACAGGCAGAUAUUACGUAUAUCCUAAUGGUACACUAAUCAUUACUGAUACACAACAGACUGAUAUUGAUGAUUAUACAUGUACAGCUAGAAAUAGUCAAUCAUCACCAGUACAGAGACUUGUUCGAUUAUCUUUACAAGAUUCUGUAUCAGCCAGAAUUAAACCUGUUGAAGGAAGAAUAAGAGAGGGAGAUACUCUUUAUUUGACAUGUGAUGGACAAGGGUUUCCCCCACCUACAGUAAGAUGGGAGAAGAUGGGCGUAGAGCUGGUUACAACUGGUAGGAUGACAAUUAAUGGUGCCAACCUACGUAUUACCAGUGUGACGUUAGACGAUACUGGAAGUUAUACUUGUGUGGCCAAUAAUGCUGAAGAAAAAUCAGAAGAUUCUAAAUCCAUACAAGUUAUACCUAAAGAUGUGGAACUUCCAGAAUGCAAGGAUUCAGCAUCUCUGACUAUGUGUCGUCUUAUUGUCAGAGCUGGACUCUGUGGAUAUACAGAUUAUUCAAAGCAAUGUUGCUAUAGCUGUGACCAAUCAAAACUUAGGGGCUAAAUGUUAAAGAGUUUACUGUAGAAUUAUUAUGCAUAAAUGAAAUCUUACACAUGUCUUGGAAUGGAAUAAUAAGAUAUCCAGUUUAAAGUUUUAUAUAAUAUAAACAAAGUUGUGUCCUAAAUCAUUUAAAUCAUAAUAAAAAAAUCUUGUAUUAAUUUUUCAAAUAUUUUUGAAUUAAAUUGCAUAUAAUUUAGUUACAAAGAUUGUCUUCUGCCUUUGAUAAACGAAUCUCACUCAAAAAUGGCUUGAUGGUUUGUUGACCCCAAUAUCAACAAACUGCACUCCAUAUGUUUUAGGUAUUAGAAUUAAAAAUUAUGAAAAUAAAUUAUACAUGUGGAAUAAUAAAUAACAGGAGAUGUGGGAUAUGACCAAUGAGACAACAAUAAAAUGCUACACUUUGUCAUUAUACUCAUUGGUUGUUGUCAAAUUGGCAAUCAACUUUGGAUUUAUUUAGAGACUUUUAACAUAGGACAGUGCAAGAAAGUACUGUUUUCUUCUUUAUGCAUAACAAUUCUACAGAAAACUAAAUGCAAGGGACAUAACUCAAUCAAAUACAAUAGAUUACCUCCCAUGUCACCUUGCUGUAACAUACAUUUUAUAAAAUUGUACUCUAUGCUCAUAUAUUUUCUUUUUGUAAAAAAAAUAGUUGUAUAAUUACUUUAUUUGUUUAAAAAAGCUUUAAUAUUUUUACCUGUCUAUAUUGGUUUUAUAGUUAUAUACAAGAAAGAGUUGUUAAAUAUUUCUAUGUACAAGUUGUGUCGAACAAGAAAUCCAUAAGUAAAUACUCUCGUUGCAGAAUAUAUCCAUUUAAUGUUUACUUAUCAGGGGUUGUAAGCCUUUUUUUAUCAAUUUUUUUGAAAAUGUAUACCUCAAAAAUAUAGCUAAAGCAUAAUCAAUUUUUAAAUUUUAAUAUUUUAUACCCACUACAAUAAUGUAAAUUCAAGUGUUGUAAAGUUCUGUGUAGAGGUUGAAUAUUCUCUUCAAAACGGUUGUUGGAAUUUAUCAAAUACUUAAUUAAUUGAGUGCCAAUAGUUUAUACAGAUUUGAAUUAAAUUCCCUAUAUUUUUUUAUGGGACAAAACAGUUUAUGCAGAAGUGAAGCUGAAAUUCUACCAGGCAACUUAAAAUGAAUCAAGCAAGUUCUAAUUUGAAACACAAUAUUGACAGUUACUUCUUUAUAUAUUGUCUAUGCCACAUAAUUUAUGUUUAGAAAUGAAAAGACUAGUCAAGCUUGUACAGAUUUUCUAGUUAUCUCUUGGAAAAUAUCCUUUGCAUUUUUAUUUUUUUUAUUUGAAAAUUGAAGAGGUAAUUGUCUGAUAUUUUCCAGCAUAAUUUUUUCUUCCUAUAUUAUUUCUGAGGUUGAGAACUUGUGUUCAAUCCUGUUUUAUGCCAGUAUAUGUGUUACUUAGUUGUUACAGUCAUGGAAUGCCAGAUUUUCUGAACGACCUGUAGCAUAAUUUAGUUUGUGAAUUUUGUUGAAGGUCUAUCUUUAGAAUAAAUUUUAGAGAAUAGCUUUGAAAUGUAGAUUACAUAUUGAUUGUUUUCCAAAUGCUUAAAAAGAUAUGCUUUACAAAUUUUGCCCUUAGUAAAAUCAUGUCUGCAGAAUUAUUCAAGUAAAAGAAUCCCAGUUCAUAGUGAAUUAUACAUCGAAAUGUUAUGAAAAUUUGUUUUUAUGUAUUUUAUACCUUAAAUGUUUGCAGAACAAAAUCAUGGCUUGUGAAUAUCAAAUGCUUUCAUUUCUUCAACCUGGUCAUAGUAAUGCCAUGUUAUGUUUUGAAAGUAUUUGUAUAUUUUUAAUUAAAAUACCAAAUUAUGUUUGUAUCUUUAUUUCUGGUAUAUAUGUAUUAAACUGUGUAAUAUGUAUGUAAGUAGUGCUAGAUUUAUUAUUGACAUUGUAGUAUAUUUCAAAUUUGUCAUUCUUAUUUCUAUGGCUUUGUAAAGUAUAUGUCUGUAGGAAAAAGAUUGAUUCAUAGUUCUAUUUGAGAUAAUUUGGAUUAUUAACCAUAAGAUUAGAAUCAGUAUUGUAAGUGUAUAGACAUGAAUCAAUUAUUUCCCUACAUACCCUCAUCAGUCUAAGUCACAUAAGAAAUUAUAACUAUUAAAAAAUAUGAAAACUA